AGCUAAACGCAAAGGCGAGCACAAACAGAAACCAAAAAGAAAGCUCGGAGCAGGCCCCCAAUAAAGUAGAGAUUAAAAGAGAGCAAAGAUUAAAUUGAAGUCAAAUUGAUCUUAUCAAUAGUUCAAACACUGCGACAGCUGGGCAGGCCAAUGCCGAAAAAUUAAAAACACAAACAGCAAUCGAAACGUUUUCUAUUCUCUAUUCGCAUUCCAGACAAUGCGACCAGCGGCGGAGGGACGGGGCAUUAAACGGAAUUAGUUGCUUGGCAGUGAAUGCUUAUAUAAUCAUGCGACUUCGUUUCCUGACCUCGGCCAGCAGGCAGCUGCGACUCAGUAAUCAACAGCGUCAUCGCCUGCUGGGAACAAGUGCAGCUCAAGCAGGACAGCAACAGCAGGAUGGGAGCAAAGGAAACCAGAACAGUCGAGCAUUUAAUGCCACACUUUAUGGAAUUGCCACGCUGGGCGGCAUUGGAGCUGGCUACUGGCUGUUCAAUGAGCUGGACAAAAAGCGCCAGCAGCCGCUGGAGCAGACAAAACCGUUGACAACACCGACUGCAGCUGGAUUGGAUGCUGAGGCAGAGGCGCGUCUUUGGCAUAAGACAAAGCGUUCGGAUCUGCCCACAUACAGCGUGGAGGACGUGCUGCGUCACGAUAAACCAGAGAACGGCAUUUGGAUCACCUACGGUGUGGGCGUUUAUGAUGUCACGGAAUUUGCGCCCAAUCAUCCCGGCGGCGACAAGAUUCUAAUGGCGGCUGGCAAUGCCAUAGAUCCCUUCUGGGCCAUCUAUCAGCAGCACAAUACACAGGAGGUGCUGCAGCUGCUCGAGAGCUUUCGCAUUGGCAGUCUGAAUAAAGUCGUUGCGGAGGAUGAGGAGGAGCUGGGCUCACCCUGGGCCCAGGAGCCGAAACGUCAUGAUCUGCUCAAGCCGACCAGCAAACGGCCUUUCAAUGCGGAGCCACCGAUCAGUUUGCUGGGCGAGCACUUCUACACCCCCAACGAGUACUUCUAUGUGCGCAACCAUUUGCCGGUGCCAACACUUAAGCCCGAGGAAUACGAACUGGAGCUGGAGGUGGAGUCGGGCGCUGGGCAGCCGAGCCGUACACUCAAUCUGGACGAGAUUAAAAAGCUGCCCAAGCACACGGUCACAGCGGCCAUCAUGUGCGGCGGCAAUCGGCGCUCCGAAAUGACGCGCAUCAAGCCAGUCAAGGGCCUCUCCUGGGGCGCCGGCGCAGUGGGCAAUGCCAAAUGGUCGGGUGCACGGCUCUGCGAUGUGCUGCGGGCGCAGGGCGUAAAGCCCGAUGAACGUUUGCAUGUUAUAUUCGAGGGUGCCGAUUUGGAUCCCACUGCCCAUCCAUAUGGCGCCUCCAUACCACUGUCCAAGGCAUUGGAUCCACGCGGCGACGUGGUGCUCGCCUACGAAAUGAACGAACAGCCGCUGAGUCGAGAUCAUGGCUAUCCCAUAAGGGUCAUUGUGCCCGGCACUGUGGGCGCACGCAAUGUCAAGUGGUUGACCCGCAUCGUUGUCACCGAUCACGAGUCCGACUCCCACUGGCAGCAGAACGACUACAAGGGUUUCAGCCCCAGCACAGAUUGGGACACAGUUGACUUUAGCAAGGCGCAGGCCAUACAGGCCAUGCCCGUGACCUCGGCCAUUUGCACACCGAUACCCGAGGAGCGGGUGAAGGUUGACAAGGGCUUCAUAACGGUGCGUGGCUAUGCCUGGAGCGGGGGUGGUAGGCGUAUUGAGCGCGUGGAUCUAACGACUGAUGGUGGCAAAUCGUGGCAUGUCGCCCAGCUGGAGCAGGAGAAUGUGCCCGAUGGUCGUCACUAUGGCUGGUCACUAUGGACGGCCCGUUUGCCUGUAAGCGACGAGCAGCAAAAGCAGCCGAAUCUUGAGAUUUGGGCCAAGGCCGUCGAUUCCGCCUACAACGUGCAGCCGGAGGCCUUUGAACAUAUAUGGAAUCUGCGUGGGGUUCUCGCCAAUGCCUAUCACAAGGUCAAAGUGAGACUUAUCUGACAUGGACUCACGGAUAUAUCGAUGACUUAUGGGAGAAGAGCGAUAUUACAUUUUUUUGCCUUAAAUUAUAUACAUGAAAGACAACGA